AUGACACACAGCUUCACCCUCACUGGUGAGAUGCAGGCUGGAAGACAGGUUGUGACUACCUCAGAGGAAUACAUGAGAGCCGUUUUGAUAAAGAGACUGAAUCAAGUCAGACCCUUAAGCUUAGCCCCUCUGGCAGUGUUCAGGAAAGAUCAGGCCAGUGGACAAAAGAAGGUAGGAAUCUAGACUGCUAAUUCAAAAUUAUUUGCGAACUGAGUUGUAGAAGACAAGCUGAAGAAGAAGCACCAUGAAACCCUCGUCCACAUUCAGUUUGAUCCUGAGGGACAGCCUUUGUCAUGGGAUUCCAUCGCAGAUGAACCCCUCCCGACGUUGGACUCUACUUUUGCAUGUUCCCCCGAUCCGCUGCACGUUUCUUUAGCCUUCGGAGUAUCGCUAACCCUGGCCUGUGUCUGCCUGGGUGAGGUGCACCUCAACCCGGUGGUUACCCUGACAUUGGUUGCAGGCUUGAGGAUAAGCCCCUGGCGGGCUGUCCUCUUGGUGGGGGCCCAGCUGCUUGGUGCCCUCAGUGCAUGUGCUCUCCUAUUAGGCAUUACGCCGACUGCUCUAAAGAGCAACCUGGGGGUUAAUGAGAGGCACCCAAUCACUACACAUUUUCAAAGUCUUCCUAAUCAACCACACCUGGAUCAGAGUUUCCAAGACCUGAAUGGAUGGAAAAAGUGGGGAAACAGCAAGAUGAGCAUUGAUGGAUGGAGGGAGAUAUAGAGUAAGAGAGAGAGAAAGGACGAGAAAAUAGCUUGCCAGGUGGCCCCGGGGGUAUAUCUGUAUCAGGCUCUGUUAGUGGAGAUGGCUGUUACGUUCCAGCUAGUGCUGUGUGUCCAGGCUGUCACUCAUUCCAAAUCAGCAUUUUCCUCCGUGGCCCCUGCCGUCAUCGGUCUGUCUGUCAUGCUUGGUCAUCUUGUGGCGAUUGGCUUCACAGGCUGUGGAAUGAAUCCUGCCAGGUCAUUUGGUCCAGCUGUGCUAACUAUGAACUACCACAAUCAUUGGGUGUAUUGGGUGGGGCCUUGUGCUGGCUCUCUCCUUGCCUGGCUACUGCAUGACCUGGUGCUCCAUCCUCGUUGGAGCUGCUUUGGUGACUGGAUGACAGAAUGUAAAGAGACGCUCCUGAAAAAUCUUUCCAAGCAGUCCAGAGGUCCUGAAAACCAUAUGGAGGCAUAAUCAUUCAAAUACACCUUGCAUCUCCAUGCAUUAUUGUUUAAGGCAUCAUUGUUUGAUCGUCCAAUUUGUUUAAGUCUUUACUAUCAAAAGCAAGUUACAUAUGUAGACCAUCUAUUACUUACAGAGUUUGGUGGAUUGCAGGUAUGUCAUUCUGAGCUCAUAUCCUUAUGAAACCAUGUACUCAGGACCCAAACAGCACCUGAUCCAGCAUGUAAUCUCUCGCUCCACUGGCGCGACACAUGGACCUAUAGCCAAGCAAUCUGUGUGUGUUUUUGCAUCAGUGUGCUCAGCUAAAAUAAGCUUGCUUUUUUAUUAGUUUAGUUGCUAUUCUGUGCUGCUCUGUUUUUUGUUUUUUUCUGUUUCCUAUCUUCCCCUUGGGUUUUUUAUCUUUGUCAAAUAAAUUCAGUGCAGCACAGA